GCCAGUCACACAUACUCUUCCUACAACCCCAGACAUUCAGAUGCUCAUUAGCAAAUAUUGAUGGUUCUGUACUUUACGUGGAGAUCAGAGAGAGGGUGAAGGCUGGGACUAGACUGGAUUUACACAGGGGAAAUCCACACUGAGAAAUAAGUUUUCUUACAGGAUUGGACUGGAAAGAACUUUCUUAAUUCCCUCCUUGUGUCUUGGCCAAUCACACCAUCUUUACUCUGAGCUGAGGUUCUGAGCUGAGUUCCAACCAGAUUUGUGAAUGAAUGAGUGGGUGGGCCACAACGUCAAUGUGGUGGGACUACUACAGAUCCCUCCCAACGAUGGAUUCCCACUGUCUGAGAGCUCACACUUCUUUGAUAUUCUGUCAGAACAAGGGAGCCCUCUGCUCCAAGACCAGGAAGUCUUACCCUUCAUCAGCUAUCCCAGCAUGCAAUACCCCUCGGUGGAGCCCUCCCCACCAUACUACUCCAGUCAGAACUACUACCCCCAGUACAACACCGAUGAGUGGUACUCACGCACAGGGAUGUAUGAACUGAGGAAAGGACCCCUAGAGGGCACUUAUAAUGCUGAAAUGGAAGAUGCGUCCACCAUAGUGCCUGCGGUGUGCAAUAGGACCCGGCACACGUCCCACACAGGCAGUGUCAAAGGGGAGGAACUGUGUGUGGUGUGUGGGGACAAGGCAUCCGGGUAUCACUAUAAUGCUCUCACCUGUGAGGGGUGUAAAGGCUUCUUCAGACGGAGCAUGACCAAGAAAGCUGUGUACAAGUGCAAGAAUGGAGGGACCUGUGAGAUGGACAUGUACAUGCGGAGGAAGUGCCAGGAGUGUCGUCUCCGGAAGUGCAAAGAGAUGGGCAUGCUGGCAGAGUGUCUGCUGACAGAGAUCCAGUGUAAAUCUAAAAGGCUGAGGAAAAACCCCAAGGUCUCACCAGGACAGUCCACUGGGGACGAGACAGAGGGGGGAGACAACGGAGACACCAAACAGGUCACCUCCACCACCAAACUGUCAAAGGAGAAUCUUGAACUCAGUCAAGAGCAGCAGGCUCUCUUGAGCUUCAUUGUAGAAGCUUAUCAGAAACAUCAAAUUCCUCAAGACAUGGCCAAAAAACUGCUACAAGAGCAGUUCAAUGCAGAAGAGAACUUCCUUCUUUUGACAGAGAUGGCCACCAGUCAUGUUCAAGUGCUGGUGGAGUUUACCAAAAACAUUCCAGGUUUCUCAGCCCUGGACCAUGAGGAUCAGAUCGCACUGUUGAAGGGCUCGGCAGUGGAGGCCAUGUUCCUGCGCUCAGCACAGGUGUUUACCAGGAAGCUACCCCAUGGACACACAGAGGUGUUGGAGGACAGGAUACGCAAGAGUGGCAUAUCAGAGGAGUUUAUUACACCCAUGUUCACCUUCUAUAAAAGCAUUGGGGAACUCCAGAUGAUGCAGGAAGAACACGCCCUCCUCACCGCCAUUACCAUCCUGUCACCAGACCGGCCGUACGUAAAGGGCCAGCAGGCGGUGGAGAGGCUGCAGGAGCCCAUGUUGGAGGUGCUCAGGAGGUUCUGUGCAAUGCAGCACCCGCUGGAGCCCCAGCACUUUGCCCGUCUCCUGGGCCGUCUGACUGAGCUGCGGACACUCAACCACCACCAUGCUGAAAUGCUUACCUCCUGGCGCAUGAGCGACCACAAGUUCACACCCCUCCUCUGCGAGAUCUGGGACGUACAGUAAAUGGUAUACAAAGGCUGCAUGGAUGGAUGGAUGGAUGGAUGGAUGGAUGGAUGGAUGGAUGGA